AUGGCUAGUGAUAAUGGUAUGCAGAACUCGAAUUCUGAUCAGCUACUGACCGGUUCUUAUGAGGAGCAGGCAGAAGAUAAGGAUGACCCAGCUUAUGCGCUCCUCUUGGGCAGUGUCGAUUUUGGAUCAAGCGAAAUUGCGGAAUACAAUAGGUUCACCCUCGAUGAGGACUACGGCGUAUAUGAUAAUGUCUUGAGUUGA